AUGCAUAUUCCACCAGUUGCUACCCCACCUCGCAGUGCAACCCCUCCUCCCGUUGGAGAGAAGAGAAAGUCGGAAAGGAAAACAACUGAAGAGAACAUGCCUCGAAGCAAUCGAGCGACCCCGAAUGCCGAAGCGAUCGAUCCAAAUAGACUGAGUAAGGCAUUAUUGAAGGACUUUGACGAAGCUGGGAGGCACAGAGAUAUCACACCAGGCGGUAGUCCAAGUAGGAAACGGCAGCGCGUAUAUGGCGAUAGGUUCAUUCCGAACCGAGAAGGACAAGAUUUGCAGGCCAGCUUUAGUUUGCUGCAUGACGAAGGUUCUCCUGCUACGCCGUCCAAGCAAAAGAAGCGAACGCCCCAUGGGGAGCUUCAUUUUCAGAAGACUGAAGAAGCAAAUCAAACCUACUCGAGAGUCCUUCGAGGCGAGAUCUUCGACAAUACGAUACCUCAACCUACCCCUCCUAAUCUUUCGCCAGACGUCGGCUUACCCUCAUCACAUUCUACUACCAUCAACGAUCCUACACGAUCACAUACACCACCUAAUAAUGGAUCUAAUACCUCCCUACCCGUCUCGAUGACACCAUCCACUCCUCACAAGAACCUCUUCACAUAUAUGUCUCCACGGCAUCACACGAAUAUUGCUGGACAUCCUACACCUUCGAGAACACCACAGAGUAGGCAUGGUCCCAAUCUCAAUGCCAGAUCGGAGAUAUACAGCUUAUCACCAGUACGACUUGGCAGCCAAAGUAUGCUUCUCAACCCACGGAAACAACCUCGAGCCGUCAGCAAAGUGCCAUAUAAGGUACUUGAUGCUCCCGACUUGGCUGACGAUUUCUAUCUGAAUCUUGUGGAUUGGGGUAGCAGCAAUGUGCUUGGUGUAGGACUUGGAAGCUGUGUCUACAUGUGGAAUUCACAAAGCGGAAGAGUUAAUAAACUGUGUGAGCUUCCAGACGACACUGUCACGAGUGUAUCCUGGAUACAACGAGGGUCACAUAUUGCAAUUGGCACUGGCAAAGGUCUUGUUCAGAUAUGGGAUGCAGAGAAAGUACGGCGGUUAAGGACCAUGACCGGACACACGGCUCGAGUGGGAUCUCUCGCUUGGAAUGACCAUAUCUUGACUUCUGGAUCUCGUGAUCGCCUGAUCUACCACCGCGAUGUCCGAGCUCCAGAUCAAUGGCUUCGGAAGCUUGUAGGCCAUAAACAAGAAGUUUGUGGUCUGCGAUGGAACUGCGAAGACGGCCAACUCGCUUCAGGUGGUAACGAUAACAAGCUCAUGGUCUGGGACAAGUUGAGCGAGACGCCAUUGCACAAAUUUAGUGAUCACACUGCAGCCGUGAAAGCUAUUGCUUGGUCACCACAUCAGCGAGGCCUACUCGCUUCAGGUGGUGGUACCGCAGACAGAAGAAUCGUCUUCCACGAUACUCUACGAGGCACCACAAUCAACGAAAUUGAUACCGGCUCCCAAGUUUGCAACCUCGCCUGGAGCAAGAAUAGCAACGAGAUCGUCAGCACUCACGGCUAUUCUCAGAAUCAGAUCGUCGUUUGGAAAUAUCCUAGCAUGACGCAAGUUGUCAGUCUCACAGGACACACAUAUCGUGUUCUCUACCUAGCCAUGAGUCCAGACGGCAGAGUCGUGGUUACAGGAGCAGGUGACGAAACGCUACGGUUCUGGAACGUCUUUGGCAGGAAACCAGGGCAGCGAGAGGAAGGCGAUGCAGGUGGUGGUGGGAAGUUGGGUGAUUGGGGUGUAAUAAGAUAA